UCUCUUCCCUUUUUUUUUUUCUUUCAAGUUUAUUUAUAAAUUAAAUUUUUAAUCAGUGUUUUGUUUUAUUUUAUAUUUUUGUUGCUGUAUCGUCUCUUCUGUCUCUGUUCUCACUUUUGUUUUAUUUUUUGGUUUCAUCUUUCUUCUUUUGAUGUUCUUGUAGCGUUUGUACGAAAUCUCACAAUGUUUUCUUCUCAGAUUUUAGAAAUCUUGUGAAAUCUCUCUCUCUCUCUGAUCAAACACCUAAUCCCCUUACUAUAAAGUUUCAAUCUUUUUUUUUUUCUUUUUCCAAACCCAUUUCAAAAUCUCCGGUGGUUUUCUUUUUUUUUUUUUUCCUGACGGCGGAUCUUAGCCGGAAUCUGAAGAAUCAGUUUUUAUUUAUAUAAAUAAUAACCCGCUUAUAGAUUUAAAGCGAAUGACAUUAUCUGAGAUUGGAGAAGAUUGUGAGUCGAGUGGAGUGAAGAAGAUUCUCUGAUGAGUGAAUCAGAAGAAGACGAAGAAGAAGAAGCAUCAGCAGCAGAUACUGAAGUGAUUUUAACCAGCAGCGUCGUCGUUGAGAACAACAACAACAACAACAACAACAACAACAAAAACAAGGCUUUUGUUGAGAAGAAUCAGCGUUUCGUUGAAGAAGAAGAAGUAGAGAGACGAGACGACGGUUUGGUGUUGUUGUUAGCUCAGUCUUCUACACCAAUGGUGAGAUCGAGAUCUCAAGGAACGACACGGCGCGUGACUCCCACGCCUUUAGUCGACGUUGAGAAGCCUCUUCCAAACGGAGAUCUCUACAUCGGAAGCUUCUCCGGCGGGUUUCCACACGGAUCCGGCAAGUAUCUUUGGAAAGAUGGGUGCAUGUACGAAGGUGAUUGGAAACGUGGCAAAGCUUCAGGUAAAGGCAAAUUCUCGUGGCCAAGCGGAGCUACAUACGAAGGCGAGUUCAAAUCCGGGAGAAUGGAAGGUUUUGGCACUUUUACCGGAGCUGAUGGAGAUACUUACAGAGGAACUUGGGUUGCUGAUAGAAAACACGGACAUGGGCAGAAGCGUUACGCCAACGGAGACUUCUACGAAGGUACUUGGAGAAGGAACCUGCAGGACGGUAGAGGUCGUUACGUUUGGAGAAACGGGAAGAACCAGUACACUGGAGAGUGGCGUAACGGUGUGAUCUCUGGGAAAGGUUUGCUUGUUUGGCCUAAUGGGAAUAGAUACGAAGGUUUUUGGGAGAAUGGGAUUCCUAAAGGAAGUGGUGUGUUUACUUGGAGUGAUGGGAGUUGUUGUGUUGGUGCUUGGAAUGAGAGUAAUAUCAUGAGGAGUUUCUUUAAUGGUGUUGACAAGAAUGAUUUGAUUGUGGCUGGUACUAGGAAGAGAUCUUCUGUUGAUAGUGGAGCUGGGAGUUUGGGUGGUGAGAAAGUUUUCCCAAGAAUCUGUAUUUGGGAAUCUGAUGGUGAAGCUGGUGAUAUCACUUGUGAUAUUAUUGAUAACGUUGAAGCUUCCAUGAUUUAUAGAGAUAGGAUCUCUGUGGAUCGUGAUGGGUUUAGGCAGUUUAAGAAGAAUCCUUGUUGGUUUAAUGGUGAGGCUAAGAAACCUGGUGAGACUAUUUCUAAAGGGCAUAAGAAAUAUGAUUUGAUGCUCAAUUUGCAAUUAGGAAUCAGGUAUUCUGUCGGCAAACAUGCUUCCAUUGUUCGUGAUCUUAAACAGACUGAUUUCGAUCCAAAGGAGAAAUUUUGGACAAGGUUUCCACCGGAAGGGACUAAGACCACACCUCCUCAUCAGUCAGUGGAUUUCCGGUGGAAGGAUUAUUGCCCUUUAGUGUUCAGACGUCUCAGAGAGCUUUUCCAAGUGGAUCCAGCUGAGUAUAUGUUAGCUAUUUGUGGAAACGAUGCUCUCCGCGAACUGUCUUCACCUGGAAAGAGUGGAAGCUUCUUUUACCUAACUCAAGAUGAUAAAUUUAUGAUCAAGACGGUGAAGAAAUCAGAAGUCAAGGUUCUUCUAAGAAUGCUUCCAAGUUACUACAAACAUGUCUGCCAAUACGAAAACUCCCUUGUGACUAGAUUCUAUGGUGUUCAUUGUGUCAAACCUGUUGGUGGCCAAAAGAUUCGGUUCAUCGUCAUGGGCAACUUGUUCUGCUCUGAGUAUAGAAUCCAGAGACGGUUUGACCUCAAAGGGUCUUCUCAUGGACGCAGUACUGCAAAGCCUGAAGGGGAAAUUGAUGAGACCACGACACUCAAGGACCUUGAUCUCAAUUUUGCUUUCCGUCUUCAGAGAAACUGGUAUCAAGAGCUUAUGAAGCAAAUAAAACGCGACUGUGAGUUCUUAGAAGCCGAGAGAAUAAUGGAUUAUAGCCUUUUAGUUGGUGUGCACUUCCGUGAUGACAACACAGGAGAAAAGAUGGGGCUUUCUCCAUUCGUUUUGAGAUCUGGUAGGAUAGAUUCAUAUCAGAAUGAGAAAUUCAUGCGCGGUUGUCGCUUCGUAGAGGCUGAGCUUCAAGACAUGGACCGAAUUUUAGCUGGCAGGAAACCAUCGAUCAGAUUAGGCGCAAACAUGCCAGCAAGAGCAGAAAGAAUGGUCCGGAGAAGCGAUUUUGAUCAGUAUUCAUCAGGAGGAGCCAGUUAUCCAUCUCACGGUGAGAUGUACGAAGUGGUUCUCUACUUUGGAGUCAUUGACAUCUUGCAAGACUACGACAUAACCAAAAAGAUCGAGCAUGCAUAUAAGUCACUACAAGCUGAUCCUGCUUCCAUCUCAGCGGUUGAUCCUAAACUCUAUUCCAAGAGGUUCAGAGACUUCAUCAGUAGGAUCUUCAUUGAAGACGGCUAAAAAGAUAAGAAGGCUAAGAAUUUUUAACUAACAUUCUCGGCUGUUUUUGCUCAACGGAAAUGUGAUAAAAAGCUGAUUCGAGAAGGGUAAAAAAAAGGUAAUCUCAAAGAUAGAAGAAAGGCGAUUUGGGAUUCUGUUCACGUAUAUUUUUGAGAUGAUCAAAUCAAUUAAGUUUU